GGAAGAACGCCCCUUACAUUGCUGGUCAGUGGGAAGAAUGUUCCUCACAUUGGUGGUCAGUGGGAAGAACGUCCCUUACAUUGCUGGUCAGUGGGAAGAAUGCCCCUUACAUUGCUGGUCAGUGGGAAGAACGCCCCUUACAUUGCUGGUCAGUGGGAAGAACGCCCCUUACAUUGCUGGUCAGUGGGAAGAACGCCCCUUACAUUAGUGGUCAGUGGGAAGAUGUCCCUUACAUUAGUGGUCAGUGGGAAGAAUGUCCCUUACAUUAGUGGUCAGUGGGAAGAAUGCCCCUUACAUUGGUGGUCAGUGGGAAGAAUGCCCCUUACAUUGGUGGUCAGUGGGAAGAAUGCCCCUUACAUUGCUGGUCAGUGGGAAGAAUGCCCCUUACAUUAGUGGUCAGUGGGAAGAACGUCCCUUACAUUAGUGGUCAGUGGGAAGAACGUCCCUUACAUUGGUGAUCAGUGGGAAGAACGCCCCUUACAUUGAUGGUCAGUGGGAA